UAGAGACAGUGAGUGAGAAAUAGAGAAGAUGGGAAGAAAGGCCAAUUGUGCCAAUCACGAUGUUGUGAACAGAGGUCCUUGGUCUGCUGAAGAAGACAAAAUUCUUAUGAACUACGUUCAAGUCCAUGGCGAAGGAAAAUGGAGAGAGCUUUCCAAAAGAGCUGGCUUGAAAAGAUGUGGGAAGAGUUGCAGACUGCGAUGGUUGAAUUAUCUUAAACCAGAUAUCAAGAGAGGAAACAUUUCUUCGGAUGAAGAAGAUCUUAUUAUCAGACUACAUAAGCUCUUAGGAAAUAGAUGGUCUCUGAUAGCGGGACGUUUACCAGGGCGAACAGACAAUGAAAUUAAGAACUAUUGGAAUACUUAUUUGAGAAAGAAGGUGGAGCAGAAUCAUAAUCCUCACAAAAUUCGUGACCAUGAUGAAUCUCCGGGGUGCUCAAAAACCUCCUUGGGAGAUCUUGAUCCUGCAAAAUCCUCACACCCAAUGAUGAUUAAACCUAAAUCAAUGAGAUGUACCAAGGUUAUGAUGCCAACUCGAGAAGUCAACGAUUCAGUCAACGCAAUGAAUUUGAUCACAACGAGCUGGGACAAUCAGAACCCUUCUACGUCCAUGCCACAAGACCAUGUGCAUAAUCAUUGCUUAACGGAUGUUCUCCAAGACUUCGACAUCAAUGACGUGUUAAUGUCGUAUGAAGAUGAUGAUUGUCGUUUUAAUGGAUAUGCUUGUGUGGAAGUACCCCAACAUAUUUUUGAAGAUGAAACUUGGAGGCUUGAUGAUUCCAUGGGUGAUCAUGGAGCAUGGUAUGAGAAUUGGAAGGUUGAUACCUAUUUUCCACAAGAACAAGACAUGGGUUUUUAUUCAUUUUAAGAGGUGGACAACAUUUAGGUAAUAUAUUACUUUGAGUGUUUUUAGCACUGUUCUUCAAUAAAAUUAGAAUUUCAUUUUAGCAUCAUGUGCAAUAAAGGUUAGCAUCAAAAGUUGGUACUAAAUAGAAAUUCUAAUUUUGAAUCAAGAACAGUUGUGAAAGCCCUUAAAGUAUUAAUUAUACCUAAAUACUCUCUUUGAAAAGAUUGAACCUACAAUGAAAUGGUUGAGGAUGCUAAAUCAAAACAAUCUAAUAAUAAUAAUUAUUAUUAUUGUUGAAGUUGAUAAAGUUUUGAUGGUUCUGUCACGUUUGGUGUGACUAGUGUGAUUU